AUGAGUUCUUUAGCUUUCCUAGCAUUCCUUUGGUAUUGUUCAUAUGUUUUUGCACUGCCAACCGAACUAUUGAAUCUUAAUCUUGAAUAUUCCAGUCAUAGACCUGAAAACGCCCGCAACAUCAGAUAUGAAUUCAAUCACGGCCUAGCGUCUGGAGAUCCCACAAACACGUCCAUUAUUUUGUGGACUCGUUUGACACCUGAGGAUGGGGUAAGAGAGGAAACGACGGUUUUUCUGCAAAUUGCAGAUAACGUACUUUUCGAAAAUAGCACCGAAUACUGUAUUACUACUGGUCCUGAGAUAGACUAUACAGUGAAAGUGGACGUUGAAGGCCUUCAGCCAGGGAAGUCUUAUUUCUAUCGCUUUUAUGGGCCUUCUGGUAGCUCUACAAUGGUAGCUACCACUAAGACAUUACCAGCAUCCGAGUCCCUAGACACGGUUAACUUUGCUGUGUACUCGUGUUCAAAUUUUGCUAAUGGAUUUUUCACCAGCUAUAGAAUGCCCGCGCUCAAGAACUCGGUUGACUAUGUGAUUCAUCUUGGAGAUUACAUCUACGAGUACGGUAACGGCAAAUAUACUAACGGGACAGGUCUUGAUAGAGAACACCAUCCUCUUCAUGAAUGCUGGACAUUAGAUGAUUACAGAGUAAGGCACAGUCAGUACAAAGGUGACUCUGACUUGCAGGCCUCACAUGCGAAAUUUCCCUGGAUAGUAGUUUGGGAUGAUCACGAAGUCGCUGACAAUAGCUGGCUACGUGGGUCUGUGAACUCUGAUGGGUUCCAAUUUUACAAAAGACGCGAAAAUGCCAUCAGGGCAUAUAUGGAGUGGAUGCCUAUUCGUCCGAAUGCGUCUAAUCCGUACAAAAUUUGGCGAAAGCUGGAGUUUGGCAAUUUGAUCGAUUUGAUGAUGUUGGACACAAGACACUACUCUCGGGACAUAACGGACGUUUACAGGAACACACAACUGAUUGCGGGUCUUGCUGAUGUUGAAGAGCGUACCAUGAUGGGAUUUGACCAAGAGGAUUGGCUUUACGAGUCACUUAAGAAUUCUGAUAAGGUUUGGAAACUUAUAGGAAGUCAAACUGUUAUUGCAGAAGUAGAUUUCACUCCGAUUGGCGAUAUUAUUGGGCCACCAUUUGCGGUCAAGAAUUACGAUACUUUUGAUGGGUAUACGGCCAAUAGGAGAAGAUUGCUGGAAGCUAUAUCCCAAAAUCAUGUCAACAAUACGGUCAUUCUGGCAGGUGAUUUCCACAUUGCAUGGAUCAAUGAACUUUUUUUGAAUAAGUCUGAGUAUGACAUGACGACGGGGAAAGGCAGUCUGGCAGUAGAGCUGGCCACAUCUGCAUGCAGCUCGCCCUCGACCUUCCCUCGCAACUCCACUCUGGAACAAUGUUAUGAUACGUCCAAGAAACUAUUGGAAGGAAACUCAGGGCUUAUAUGGAAUGAGGGCUACUACCGCGGCUACUUCGAGCUUGAGGUGUCAUCCGCGAAGAUGGAAGUCACGUAUUUUGGUGUCAAUAUUUCCAAUAGCGAUCCGCAAGAGUACAAACUUGCUUCCUUUGAAAUUUUAAGAGACUCCAAUCAUGUUCAUAGAGACAUAGCACGUCCUAGCUACGGUUAUCUGGACAAACGUGUUCAAAAAUGAAGCAAUUACUUGAUCUACAGUAAUCUCUAUCGUGCUCCUGCAGUCACUAUAGUUUCGUGUUGCAGGUACAAAACUCCGUGACUCUUCCAUAAACGCGAGGAACAACAAUGACUAACUUCCCUAGGAGCGGAGGAGAAGACAAUAGCUCUUGCUCACCGCACAAUGUUAUCGGUAAUGACCUCAUUUUGCUGUUUUCUCUGUGAUAUCGUGCAUACGGCUAUAUAACUGCAACUUGCUCUAAACAAAAGGACCAAUGCC